GUAAAGAUAUCACACGUUAAGAGACGUAAUAGCGGGCGGAUCAAGCUGGGGCAUUUCGCUUGUGAUCGCCUCACGAAUUACGCGCAGCAAGCUGGAGCAUAUGACCGGGGCGGCGCUUUGUUAGGAAACGGCCUAAGCGUUGAGGAAACAUGGAAUGUGAUUGCAAACCGGACAGCCCAUGUACGACGAGUUCAAGUUGCGGAGAAGAGUCUAAUAUUGAAUCAGCUGUCAAAGGUCUGUGGAUAGAUGCCAACACCCUGUUAACAGGAUUGAUUUCAGUUGCAGGAUAUCUUCUCUUCAGAUGCUCACAGGCCCUACCAGGAUUGUUUAGAUGGCCAAUUCGCAUCAUAUGUUCUCUAACUGGCAUUUCAUCUUUAUGGAGCUGGUUGACAAAUCUUCUAAAAGCUGUUCGUGGGCUCAAGACACUAUUCCAUUGGUUUGGUCGCAUAUGGCACUUCUUUGUUGCACUACUCGCAAAAUUUAGCUGGGUGCCAGCUCUCGUCAAAGCCAUUGCAGGUGUACUUACAUCAAUAAAGCAAGGGCUGGAAUUUUUAUUGAAUUUAAAGCAACGUGUAAAAGGGCCAUUUAAAAACAGAGAGGCUAAAGCACAAAACAUCAACAGUCCACUUCCUAGCCCUAAAUAUGAUGACCAGGGUUUGCGACUCAUUGUGGUCGGGCCACAGGGGAAAAGCCGGCUCUCGCUGGUCAGCAUUCUGCUCGGCUCCAGCACCUCCCUGAAACAGAGAGACGCUCAGGAGUGCAAGAGGUGGAGAACAAAGAUAGAUGGGAGAGAGGUGACAGUGGUGGACACCCCAGACUUACUGGGCAAAAGCCUGGAGACGGCUCAGAGGGCCCGAGAGGCCUUACGCAGUCUUCAGCUGGCCAGCCCUGGCCCGCAUGCCUUCCUGCUGGCCCUGCAGUGCCCCGGCUCAAAGGCCGGAGGCGACUUAAGUGACACAGUAAAUGUCUUGCAUGCCUUAGAGGAACUUGUGGGCGAAGGGGGCCUGAGUCAUGUGCUGGUGGUGCUCCUCACCCAAGCCGAGAGUUUGGGUGGACGGGGGGCGCGCACCCUGUCUCAGCUUCUGGAGGAGGACGCAGGGGACCUCAGGGAGGCGCUGGCCAUGUGCGGCCAGAGGGCUGAGCUGGUGGGCGACGGGGGGGAUGCAGCCCCAGGGCUGCUGGAGAGGGUGGUGGAGAUGAGGGCCCUGCAGGGCCACUACGUCCACGAGCUCCAGCGCAGGGAGGAGCGCAUCAGGGAGGAGCUGCUGGCUGACAUGGCCCACGUCCUCACACAGAAACUCGAGGGACACUGGGGCUGA